UCGCUCUCAUCAAGGGUAAACCCUAAAUCAUCAUCCUAUCCAUCAAUUUUCUCUCUCUAGAUUUUUCCGAUUUCUCUUUUUCUCUCUCUAAAUUUUUUACAAAAUUCCCACCAGAAAAUCUAAGAGAAGAAAUUUCCACCAUCGCCGGAAAUUUUCGAAUUGAGUUCACCGGAAAAUUUUGGAUUAAAUUCGCCGGAAAGUUCCGAUCGUCGUGUAUUUUGUCAAAUGGUAUGGUGGCUAUUCAGAGGGAAAACGACGUCGCAUUUGUAACUGGAAAUAAAAAAACGUCGAAAUUAUCGUCGGAGAUUCGUCGGUUUUUAUGGCGUCGGCGAUGUUAGUUAGCCGAAAUGAGUCGAGUAAAUUUCUCUCACCAAAUCAUCAUCAACCACCAAGAACAUCAGCUAAUUUCAUGGGGAAAAUCCCUUUUCUUAACCCUAACCCUAACCCUAACUUUACCCCUAACAACAACCACUUUUCUAGGAAGCAAUUAAACCACCAAAAUGGGGACGAAUUACCGAAUCCUGUCACCGACGAUGCGGCGUCGUUUAAUCAUCAUCAGAAGUCAAAUGAUGGCGGAGGGAUGUCGCGUUACGUCCAUUACGACAUUACGAGGUAUUCAAAGAUGGAGAUUCGUUCGUUGAAGAGUCGAUUGAUAUCGGAGCUUGACAAAGUUCGUUCUCUCACAAAUCAAAUUGAGACUGGCGAGCUGCGGAAUGUUUCGAUUAACAACAAUGGCAACCACCUCCCAAAGAAGCGACCCUUUCCGGUUCAACAGCCGGUGAAAGAGGUGAAACGCGGGAAGCAACAGCCGCAAUCGCAUCAGCAGCAACCAGCGUAUGUGGCUAGUUCUCAAGUGAUGAAAAUGUGCGCGCAGGUUCUUUCGAAGGUGAUGAAGCAGAAGGCUGGGUAUGUUUUUAAUGAGCCAGUCGAUGUUGUUGGAAUGGGGCUACAUGAUUAUAAUUCGAUUGUGAAGCGGCCAAUGGAUCUUGGAACUAUCAGGAAAAAUAUGGGGACUAAACUUUAUCGAACGCCUGAUGAAUUUGCUGCAGAUGUUCGUUUGACUUUCAACAAUGCACUUAUGUAUAACCCUAAGGGGCAUGAAGUUCAUUCGUUGGCUGAGAAAUUUCUUGAGAAAUUUGAGCAGUGUUUCCGACCAGUUUAUCACAAGUUUCAGCUGGAAAAGCAGCAGUACUUGAAGCAGCAGAAGGUGGAAACUCGGCCAAAGGAGGAUAUGAUUGUGGUGGUUGAUGAAGUCCAGGGGACUUCUUGGAGUAAAAACCCAUCCCCUGAGCCUCCUAGGAUCAGGAGUCCUCAGAAAAAGCCCGAGCCUCGGCCAGAACCAAGGUUGGAACCCCCACCAAGGCCAGAACCGAGGCAAGAACCCCCACCAAGGCCAGAACCGAGGCAAGAACCCCCACUAAGGUCAGAACCUCCACCCAGGCUUGAACCGAGGUUGGAGCCUCCCUUAAGGCCCACACCUCAACCCAGGUUUGAACCAAGGUUGGAGCCCCCGUCAAAGCCCGAAACCCCACCAAGGCAUGUACCCGCACCUGAACCAGUGGAAGAACGGGCACAUGUGCCAUUGCAAGAGGUAGUUAGAGCGGGGUUGGUGGUAGCAGAGAGACGGUCGAAGUUGCCGAAGCCAAAAGCUAAGGAUCCCAAUAAGAGGGAGAUGAAUAUGGAAGAGAAGCAUAAGUUGGGAGCUGGGUUGCAGAGUUUACCGGAGGAGAAGAUGUCACAGGUGAUUCAGAUAAUCAGGAAGAGGAAUGGGGAUUUGACACAAGACGGGGAUGAAAUUGAGCUUGAUAUUGAGGCUGUUGAUACGGAGACUCUGUGGGAACUUGAUAGGUUUGUGACUAAUUAUAAGAAGAUGGUCAGUAAGCAGAGGAGGCAAGCUUUGAUGGAUAUGCCAAACGGCAAUGUAGGUCAUCAUGAUUAUUCUGAUCAGGUUGGUGUGAGUGAGAGGGUGACGGAAACGGCAAAGGCAGUGAAGAGAAGUGGAGGAGGAGAUGUUGGGGAUGAGGAUGUGGAUAUUGGGGGGGAUGAAGUGCCGGUCCACAAUUUCCCUCCUGUUGAGAUUGACAAAGAUGAUGAUAGAAAUCAUGAUGGUGACACUAGUAGUAGUAGUUCAAGCAGUUCAGGCAGUGAUUCCUCUUCUUCAAGUGAUUCUGAUUCAGGGAGUUCAUCGGGUAGUGAUUCGGAUGUUGAUGAUGCCCAAUCACGCGACAACGAGUCUAAGAACAUUCCCCAUUGAUGAUAAAUCAAAAUCUCAAGAUUGCUGGGAUGAAUGGCAUUUUUUUGAGGGGUUCCUCCCUGUGCUCUCUUGUUCAAAUUCGAGAAAAGGAUUCCUUUUGUUGUUUGUUGUUGCUAAGAAAACAUCAAUUGUUGGCCUUUUGCUUAGUGUAGACUCAUUGUACAGAGGAAGAGAAACUUUUGAGUAGGUUUUUUGUUGGUGGGGUCUCUCAAAAUGGUGGUGGUUGCAUUGCCGAAGGAAGAAGAUCCAGAAGGAAAUUGAUGAUGGGUUUUGCUUUUUGCACAAGGGAAGAAUUUAACUUGCGAAGAAGAGGAAGAAAAGAAGCUUCAGAAUAGUAAUGUAAAGAUGGUAGUACUAAGGCCUUUAAGGGUCACAAACAGGAAAAGAGAGGGAAAUUUGUAGGGUAGGGAAGGUAUUUUAGGUUAGGGAAAAUGGUAGAUUUCCCUUAAAAACAAUUGUUAGUCUGUUAAAAUGAAGGUAGGAAGGAGAGGUUGUUGUUUAAAUUUUUGUUUUGAUUUGAGAAGAUGGGUAUUUUAGGAGAGAGAAAGUUGGGAUACUUUUGUACACAUGACAACACCUUUUGCUUAAAUACAUGCGAAGAAGAGAUUUAUGAUCCUAAA